GUCCAAUGACGUUUUAGUCUUUGAUUGGCUACUGACGUAAGCGCCGCCAUUUUGAAAACUGGGAAGAAAAAUUCUGUGAAGAGGAACAUUUCUUUGCAUUUGUUUGGUCGGCGGCGAACUUGGAGCGGUUUGACUGACACAUUUUUUCUUGGUGGCAUUGUGUUAUUGACUACAUAAAAACCAUGGACGACAUUCCACAGCUGCAAGAGAAGGUGCACAAGUUAAAGGAGGAACUCCGUAACAAUGAGGCAGACCUUCACAUGGCUGCACAUGCUGGGAAACAGCUGCUGGAACAGAACAGUGAGCUACAGCUGCAGCUGGAGGGCCUGCACAAAGAUUACACCAAGAAGAUUGAGGCUCUAGAACAGGAGAAGUACAGCCUGCAGCUGAAACUGGAGACUUUGAGGGGACAGUUGGAAGCACAGAUGACUGACCUUGAUAUACAGAGACGUGACGACGCAAGGAAGGAGACACAGCUGAGGGAACAGCUCCAGACUGAGCAUGCUCAGAGAGUUAAGACUUUGACUGACCAGAUUCGUGACUUGAAAACCUCCCAGGAGGAAGCGGCCAUGCUGGAACAGCAGCUGCGAGACAAGGUGGAACAGCAAGAACAGCUGCUGUCUGAAGCCCAGAGUCAGCGGCGAGACCCCAACAUGUCUGUGAGCCUGACGGAGGACAGCAUGGCACUACAGCUGGAGCUGGACCAACUCAGAACAGACAAGACAAAUCUGGGUCUGCAGCUGCGGGACUCUGAGGACAUCGUGCAGCAGCUGCGCUUCAGCCUGGACAAGCUGCAGGAAACUUCUGCAGCCCUCAAGCACGAGCUGCAGGAGGCAGAGGGGAAGGCAACAGGCUACUACAAUGCACUGGAGAAAAGUCGUGAGGACAUCCUCGGACUGGAGGCACAGAUAGAAGCCCUGAAACUGCAGUCUGUGGACCCCAACAGUCGGGGCAACUCACUAUUUGCAGAGGUGGAGGAUCGGCGUGUGGCUGUAGAGAAGAAGAUGAUCACCCUGAAGGUGCAACACGAGUCUCUGAAGAAACAACACCUGGCAACAAAGCAGCAGCUGCAGAAGCUCAAGGCUCAGUUUGCUGCCCUGCUACAGAUGGGAGGGGGGCGCGCUGAUGCCUCUCAGGUCCAACGUCUGGAACAGGCGCUGUCACAGAGCCGGGCAGAGACACAAGUGCUGUCCAACAAGCUCAAGGUCGCAGAGAGACAGCUGGAGAUGGUGGAGAAUAACCCCAGGAAAGCCUUUGAGCAGUACCAGAGUAACUUCACUGAGCUCGGAGGGCGGAAAGAUUACGCAGCUUUCCUAGAGGAUCGCCUCAAGGAGUCGAAGGAGGAGACCAAAAAGGUGAAGGCACAGUUGGAUCAGCAGAAGUUCCUACAGAUGGCAGACAAGGACAGGCUGCUGCACUGUGAGAGGAAACUGUACGAGGCUGAGAGCAAGGCAGAGUCCCUCCAUGGACAGAACAUGAAACUUCUGGUGCAGCUGGAGGACAUGAAGCUCAAGUAUCAGCCAGAGCUGCUUGACAAUUCCAAAGUUAGAACUGGAAGAUUGGAGAAAAUCCCUCUGGGGAAGACAAAGGAGAAGACAGCAGCAACUACAGCUACCAACUUAGAUAAAGGAACAGCAGGGAAGACAGCUAGGGAUAGCACAGUGGGUGGUGCUGUCAAAAACAGCACUUAUACAGCCGCAAAAACCAUGGGGAGCCAUAUAAUUACAGAAAGUUAUAUGAAGAAUAGCAUGGUUACUACAGCUACAAAACUAGCUCCCAGCAGCACAGUGGAAAAUGUUAGUAAGGAUGGCACUGACAGUGCUAGAACAGGGGAAAAAGGAAACAGCUCAGAUGUUCCUGAUAGUGCAGUGCCUUGUAAGGGAGUUAGGGGGAGCUGUAAUAGUGAAGCAGCAAAGGAAAAUUCUCACACUAACAGUGACAGCAAUAAUGUUAGUACCCAGAAUAUACAGGUGGAAAAGCAGGUUGAAAUUAAGGAAGAGUUGAAGGUGGAAACAGACGAGUUUGUCAGCUCAAGGAAGGUUCGCUUUGAGGCCCCCAUACAGACAGUGGGUCGGAUGUCUAUGAUUGGCCGUCGGAGGUGUGACAGCGAUGAUGAUGAUGAUGAUGAUGAUUAUGAUAAUGAGGGUACAAGCAGGGUGAGUAGACCCAUUGGGAGAGGGCGGAAGUCACAUAAAGUUGUCCAUGUACCCUCGGAUGGUAAACCAGAGUGUAAGCAACAGUAGGCUCAAAUCUUUCUAUGUAGAUAUGGAUAUUGUUUGAGGGGUCUAAAAUCUCACUUUGUCAAUAAUUUUCCCUUGUGGACGCACUGAUGUGGUACGCAUUUCAUUGGAAGCCUUGAUGAAAACAUGUCAUUAAAACCCUAUGUAAAAUAGGGUAAAGUGCAUCUGAGAGAGAUUUGCAGUCAUAAAGGGAUUUUCACUUGGUGUAACAUAGGUAAUAUAUGAUAGAACUUAUAUCCUUAAAAAGACUCUUUCAGUUACAUAGAUUGUCAAAUUAAAACAUACCAGAUUCCUUUCAGUUAUGUAUUUGUACCAUGUAUGUGUAAUGAUCUGUGUUUAUAGAUUUAUCAGAACAAACAAAUCUUGAAACUGACAUGAUUUUUCACAGCAUAAGUGGCACCUGUUGGCCUAGCAAGCUACCCUCUUUAUUAUUGUAUGGUGUAGUUGUAUAGUGCCUUUGAACUACAGAUAAGAACUGCAAAAAGUUAAGUAUGGUGUUUUCCUUUCUUAAGACACUUUGUAUUUCUUUGAUACUUCAAAGGCCAUAUCAAUCUAUUUCUGUAAUUCUCAGACAUUUUGAGUUAGAAUUAUGCAAAAGACCAAGAUGAAACAGAUAGCUGGGAGGAAAUCUUGGCUAUCUUCUUUGCCUAAGAUAUGUGCACCACCAAGGCAUGAUCCUGUCCUUUGGAUGUAUUUUUUGUAAAAUAAGAACCAUGUAACUUAAUUGGUAUGGCCUUUCAUACAGAUGAGUGAUCACAUAUUUACCAAUAAAAUUGUUUUCAUUUUGUCUUCUGUGAUGACCAACUUUUGUAAGGUGAUUCGUGUAUGACACUUAGGAAGGCUCAAAAUACCUUUGCCAAGUUGUUUUCUUCAAUGAUAUUUUGUUUCGGACUACCUUGAUAUAUUUGCACUGCUAGGCUAUUCAGUUUGGGGUAGUAGACUGCAAGUGUCAUGCAAACCAUUCACCCCUCAUUUCAGCAGAAUAAACAUUAGAA